ACAGUCCUCGUGCGACGCGCGACCGCGCGAGCGAGCGAGCGAAGCGCUCGGCUCGCUCUCUUACCACCACCUCCUUCUUUUCUCUACCUCCUCCUGUUUUUCUCUCGGUUCCUCUGCUUCGUCUUCCCCUACCAACCCUGGAGAGGGUACCGUUCAUUCGGUUGUUCCUUCUCUUCCUUCUGGGUACACCCUUUACCUUCUUCUUCUUCUUCUUCUUCUUCUUCUUCUUCGUUCCGCGGAUCCAGAAAGAGUUCAGCCGGAGGCAGACUCGGAACUCUCCGAGAGAAAGAAUAAGAGGGGGCGAGACUUAGCGGAAGGCCCGAAGAGAAGAAGAGGCUUCGGUCCUUUCGGCGGAGGAAUUCUAGCGUUGUGGCGUGGCUCGGCGCGGACGGCCGCCUCCACCUUCCUUCCUUCCCUCUAACCAUUCAGAGCCCUCCCUGGAUGGGACGGUCUGCACACACCAUCGGUCCGCUCGGUUCCGCGCGAUAUUUUGACUGACUGGCCUGUCUGUGCGGUGCUCGUGCCUUAAGCUGUGCUUGCCUUGCUCGGCUCCCUAGGCCCCUCGAGGAAUAGGGAGGUCGACAUGACCCGGUUGGGAUUGCGAUUCAUCGCAUCCGCAGUUUGCCUGGCCGGGAUAGUUAGUGGGCAAUUUAACAAUCUCACAUCAAGGCCGCUGCACGUCGUGCCUUUGGAACGAGGUGAUAUCGGUGGGCCUGCAAACAGUAGCGAUGAUGAAUACGACAGUUCGUCGGGAUGGAAAGACUUAAACAGAUCGUUUAUUACGGACAACGAAGGAUAUGAGGACGCGAGGAAACGGAACAACAGUUUCGGGACUGAUCCUUACGAUCGUGACGAGUGGACUCGUAAAUGGAACUAUUAUAGAAACAGGAGUCAUCCUUACAAUACUAAUAGGCGGUAUCCUCACGAUCGAACGUCGCAGGGCGGCUACGAUCCUAGAUAUCCUGACAGCGGCGGCGCGUCAGGAUCAGGAACUGACGAAAAUCGACCGGGCGGUUAUCCUGACGGACGCGGUGAAGGAUAUUACGAUACAUACAGCGGCGCCGGUGAAAGUGAACGAGGAGGCGGAAGUCCUUACAGUUAUGGCCAAGGAAGUCCCGGUGAUCCUUAUAGUGGCACUUUCGCAGCGAAUUAUGAUGGGAGAGGUGCGGAUUCUUAUGGUCGCGGAAGUAGUGGUCGCGAAAGAGGAGAUUCUUACGGCCGCGCUCCUGCAGGAGCAUCUUACGGUGGCGACCGCGGAAGCGGAAAUACGUAUGGCGCUGGUCGCGGAGGUGGUUACGCCGCCGCGGGAGACGGAAAUUAUCCGAGCAAUUAUCAAGUGGUGCCUAUGCCUGGAGCGCCCAGUAAUUGCAGCGGAUCAGGAUGCUGUGUGCCCAAGUGUUUCGCCGAAAAAGGCUCAAGGGGACCGCCUGGAUUAAUCGGACCGCAAGGUCCUAAAGGACAACGAGGAUUCCCGGGGGCGGAAGGUCUUCUAGGUCCCAAAGGUGAAAAAGGAGAUCCCGGACCACAAGGUCCGCAUGGCGUGAAAGGUGACAGAGGAAAAAUGGGUAUGCCUGGUUUUCCCGGUAUAAAUGGUGUGCCAGGACUGCAAGGAGGACCGGGAGCUCCUGGUUUACCCGGUCGUGAUGGUUGCAACGGAACGGACGGUGCUCCCGGACGUGACGGUGUUUCCGGAGAACCGGGACCUCGUGGUUUGCGAGGUCCGCCUGGUCUUAAAGGAGAAAAGGGUCAGCCAGCAUAUGCCGGUGCUUUUCCCGUAGGUCAAAAAGGUGAACCCGGUAUGGACGGCGUAAGAGGACCCCCAGGUCCACCUGGUUUACAGGGAGACCGAGGCCCGUCUGGCCCGAAGGGCGAACGAGGCCCUUACGGUACCGCCGGCAUACCAGGUCCGAAAGGAGCGAAAGGAAACAUGGGUCUCGGAUUCGAAGGGUUGAAGGGAGAUAAAGGACAAAAAGGAGACCCGGGACCGCCCGGUACGACCGCGCCUAUUAUGCCAUUCGAAGGAGUUUCGGAAGUAACUGGUCCGCCUGGAGAACAAGGACUAAGGGGAGAUAAGGGCGAAUUGGGACCGGAAGGACAAAAGGGAGAACCCGGAUUUAUAGGUGAUCAAGGUAUACCCGGAGGACUAGGUCAAAAGGGAGAAAAGGGUCUUCCUGGAGCUCCAGGUAUUCGUGGUAGGGAUGGUUUUUCUGGACCUCCCGGACCUCCUGGACGAAAAGGUGAUCGAGGUAUUGAUGGAUUAGAAGGACUUUCUGGACGCCCCGGAAAGAAAGGAGAACCCGGUCGAGAUGGACCGAUGGGUCAUGCUGGAUUACGAGGACCUCCUGGAUCACCGGGAGGUGGUAAAGGAAGACCAGGACCACCAGGACCAAAAGGACCACGUGGUUUCCCAGGAUCCACUGGACCGCGGGGAGCAGACGGUUUUCCCGGAGAUCCAGGACCAAGAGGUCCUCUAGGUUUACAAGGAGGCCCCGGAUUACCUGGCAUUCCAGGUCCGGAGGGUUUACCGGGAGAGAAAGGUGGGAAAGGUGAGCCUGGCUUGGCAGGAUUUCCCGGAGGUCUAGGGCCACGUGGAUUUGACGGACCACCGGGACCAGCAGGACCGCGAGGAUUGCCAGGAGAAAAAGGAUUGUCGAUAAUGGGCCCGAAAGGAAUGGAUGGAACGCCCGGUUUUGAUGGAGAAAAGGGUCAAAAGGGAGAGCGAGGUUACGCGGGUGUCCGAGGCCGACCGGGAGAUUCUCUGGAUGGUAUUCCGGGAGCUCCUGGUGCGCCGGGUGAGGCUGGUGAACCGGGAGCACCAGGAAGAGACGGUAUACCGGGUCUUAGCGGAUCAACCGGAGAGAAAGGAGAUCUUGGCGGUCGCUGCAUAGAUUGUUUACCGGGAUUGCGGGGUGAAGGAGAUCGCGGUCUGGACGGUAUCCCGGGUCUUACCGGACCUCGAGGACCGCCUGGAGAACGUGGUUUUCCUGGAGAAGCUGGAUUGGACGGAUUACCAGGCGCGAUCGGACCUCCGGGACCGCCGGGAAAAGAUGGUAUACCCGGUGCUCCAGGACCUCAAGGAGAGUCUGGAAAUCCAGCGACUGUGACACGGAGUAUGCUCAAGGUAGAAAAAGGUGAUAAAGGAGCGCGUGGCGAGAUUGGUCGACAAGGCCCGCCAGGACCAGAAGGACCUGCGGGAGAGAAGGGACGCCCUGGAUUUGAAGGAUUCCCAGGACUUAAAGGCACUCCAGGAGAUCGCGGAUUUCCUGGACAGGAUGGCGUUCCAGGAAGAUCAGGCACGCCUGGGCGUAAAGGAGAGAAAGGAUUAAGUAUAAAGGGUGAGGCAGGAGAAUCAGGUAGACCAGGAUCUCCAGGACAAAAAGGAGAACCUGGCUUGUACGGUUUUAAAGGCGAACCUGGUCAAUGUCCGCCACUUGACUUAAUGAAAGGUUUCAAAGGCGAUCGAGGUUUAACUGGAGAUAAGGGAGAACCUGGACCACCUGGUUUAGAUGGAUUGCCUGGUGAUAAAGGCUUGCAAGGUUUUUCGGGUGCACCCGGUGUAUCAGGUCCAAUCGGCGCUCCUGGGCCCGUAGGUGCGAGAGGUUUACCUGGACCACGUGGUGAUAAAGGCAACAUGGGACCGAUGGGUUUCCCAGGAGAACCUGGUCGGGAAGGACCUAGAGGUUUCCCGGGUUCUCCAGCUCCCAAGGGUGAUAAAGGAGAGCCCGGAAUAUCCGUCAAGGGCAGUCCCGGUUUAACAGGUCCUCCUGGUGAAAAAGGAGAAGGUCUACCAGGACCACCCGGAAAAGAAGGUCCGGUAGGUUAUCCAGGAUUACCAGGCUUUGCUGGCGAGAAAGGAGACCUUGGUGCACCAGGAAUAAAUGGUUUACCAGGAGCACCAGGUGAAAAAGGAGAUACUGGUCCAGUUGGUCCACCUGGUCCCCCAGGUGUGGCUGGUCUUCCAGGAAUCGAUGGAAACAAAGGCGAGCCUGGAUUACCGGGCGAACCUGGUAGAGCAGGCCUCCCAGGAUUCCCAGGCGCAAAAGGUGAUCGCGGUGAACUAGGUAUUGAUGGAGCGAAAGGAUAUCCAGGCAGACGAGGCUUGCCUGGUACUCCAGGUAGACCUGGUGGGGAUGGUGUAUCGGGUAUAAAGGGAGAACGCGGUGAUAAAGGUUCGCCAGGAUUCCCUGGAUUACCGGGUAUGGAAGGAAAGCCUGGUCGUCCUGGUAUAGCUGGCUUGAAAGGAGAUCAGGGACUACCUGGUUCACCCGGUUUACCGGGACUUAUCGGUUACGAAGGAAUUAAAGGCGACGUUGGUUUACCGGGAUUACCGGGAAGGAAAGGAGAACCAGGACAAGUUUCGGAAAAAGGACAGAAAGGUGAGCCAGGAAUGCCUGGAAUACGAGGUUCUCAAGGUCCUUCAGGACGAGACGGUAUCGACGGAGCAAAGGGAGAAGUUGGCAGAUCAAGUACUGGUCGUGAUGGAUUGCCUGGUGUGAAAGGCGAAAGAGGUACGCCUGGUCGGGAUGGAUUGCCAGGAUUCCAAGGUCAAAAGGGUGAUACUGGCGUACGCGGAUUCCCGGGAAUAAAAGGCGACUUUGGCCCACCGGGUAUACCUGGAGAACCAGGACCGCCCGGAAUAGAUGGACUUCCUGGAGAAAUUGGUGAAGUCGGAACACAAGGAGCACCCGGUUUUCCUGGACUUGACGGUGAUAUAGGUUCUCCCGGUCGACCUGGACUUGAUGGCGUUAAAGGAGAUCGCGGUUUGCCAGGAAUUGUCGGAUUGCCCGGUAUUUCUGGAGCACUUGGAGAAAAGGGAGAUCGUGGUCCUCCAGGGCCAAUAAUUCAAAUUAAGGGUGAGAAAGGCGAACCAGGUAUUCCCGGAUUUCCUGGAGGGAAAGGAGAGAGAGGAGAUCAAGGUCUCGUAGGUAUUCCUGGUUAUGAUGGCGAAAAGGGUGACAGAGGUUUACCUGGACCAGAAGGAUCUCCUGGACCUCACGGUGCGCCUGGAUCUAAAGGUGAUCAAGGACCUUCUGGAAUUCCUGGAAUUCCCGGAGUUACGGUAAAGGGUGAGAAAGGUCUACCAGGUUUAAUGGGUAAACACGGUAGAGAUGGAUUACCAGGACGACUAGGAGAAAAAGGUGAACCAGGAUUGCCUGGUUUGCCUGGACAGAAGGGAGACAUUGGGCCUUAUGGACCAAUUGGACCACAAGGUGAAAAAGGUAAUCCAGGUCAACCAGGUCUGACUGGAUCUCCAGGACGUGACGGAACUCCGGGACUUGAAGGUGUACCAGGAUUACCUGGUGAAAGAGGUUCGAAGGGUGAUCAAGGGCUGCCUGGAUUAUUUGGCGCUCCAGGAGAAAAAGGAGAACCUGGUCUUUCAGGGCCAAGUGGACUGGAUGGACCUGCGGGAGAAAAGGGUGAUAGAGGUUGGGACGGUGUUAAUGGUUUACCUGGACCGGUUGGCGAGAAAGGUGAUAGAGGAUUCCCUGGGCCAGUCGGAUUGAUAGGUGCUGUUGGUUAUGUAGGUCAGAAAGGUGACAAGGGUGAUGACUGUAUCGAGCCACCGAUGGGACCUAAAGGAGAUCGCGGAUAUCCCGGACCAUCCGGACCGCCUGGUCCCUCGGGAGAGAAAGGACUUUCGGGUCCACCCGGUUUCCCUGGCUUAGACGGUAAAGGCGAGCAAGGUUUCCUCGGUCCACCAGGACCUCCCGGACUGCCGGGAUUACCUGGACCAGUCGGUUCCUCCGGUCUACCGGGUCUUCAAGGUCCGGCCGGCUUGCCAGGACUUACUGGCGAACCUGGUACACCGUGUGAAGCGACACCUGACUAUCUUACUGGCAUUCUUUUGGUCAGGCACAGUCAAAGUCAAAGCGUGCCAGGUUGUGAGCCAGGUCACAUCAAGCUCUGGGAUGGAUACAGUUUACUCUACACCGAUGGGGACGAAAGAGCGCAUUCUCAAGAUUUAGGUUACGCCGGCUCGUGUGUCAGAAAAUUCUCGACGAUGCCCUUCCUGUUCUGCGACGUCAACAACGUCUGCCAUUACGCUAGUCGCAAUGAUCGUUCUUAUUGGUUAUCGACCAAUAGUCCAAUUCCCAUGAUGCCCGUCGAAGAGACGGCGAUACGAGAUUAUAUUUCCAGAUGCGUGGUGUGCGAAGUUCCGGCUAAUGUGAUAGCGGUACACAGUCAAUCGAUAAGCAUUCCAGAAUGUCCGGCUGGAUGGACUACUCUUUGGAUCGGUUAUAGUUUCGUAAUGCACACCGGCGCAGGCUCUCAGGGCGGUGGCCAGUCUCUGUCGAGUCCUGGAUCCUGCCUGGAGGACUUCCGCGCGACACCGUUCAUCGAGUGUAACGGCGCUAAAGGACACUGCCAUUACUAUUCUAAUCAGUACAGCUUCUGGAUGGUUACCGUAGACGAUGGCCAGCAGUUCAGGAACCCCGAGAAGCAAACCCUAAAGGCGGGCAAUCUUAGGUCCCGAAUAAGUCGCUGCCAAGUUUGUAUAAAGAACACGUAAACACACCCACUGUUUACACGAGAAACAAACACCCACACACACACAUACAUUAUACACACGAUACAUUGUAUUCUCUCUCCCCUUUUUCUACACGAGAAUAGAAGCGAAAAUAUAUCACUAUGAGUCUAAAACAAAAAAAAUAAAAAAAUUAAACGACGAUCGAAACCGAACGUGAUUUCGUCCAAAGUUCGGAUCUCGACGUUAGAGAUUUUGUGGAAAAAAAUAAAAAAAAGAUCUCUAUGUUUAUUCGAGACGAUGAAAAGGCGUUCGAUACAUUUCGCCGCGAGUGCGAUGCGGAAAAUUAGACUUUGUCGGAAUUACGCCGGUUUCGAUCCCCGAUAACAAGGAAGAAAAGAGCAGUAACGUCACGCGAUGGAAUGGAAGUUCAGGAGGACUCGCUUGAUCCGCGUCGAGAAAUAAAGAGAACGACGCAUCCCUCUCUCUCUCUCUCUCUUAUUCGUGAUUCCUUCUCCGCCGGAUGUGUUCCGCAACCGUCUUGUCUUCAUUAUUUCCUAUCUCUCUGACCCUCACCGUGUCUAUACUCCACCCGGAUAAGUUCUUUACCCUUGAGAGCCAUCCUCCUCUCGCUCGUUACCCGCUCUUUUAUCUGUUCCCACGAGCGCUUCCUCCUUUUCGCCAUAUGUGUUUUUUUUCCUCUCUCUCUCUCUCUUUAUAUGUAUAACUUUACAAGCAAGUGCCUCUAGCGUACUACUACUCUAGCAUGUAAAAUAAUAUAUAUUUAUAUCUCGUAUGAAUCUCGUAUUUUUUUUUUUUUUGAAGUCUAAGUUUAUCGUAACGACACUGCCCAUAUUCAAUAUGGCCCAUUUUACAUAUUGUAUAUUAAUAUAAACGAUCUUAGCCUGGUAAUCGUGUGACGCCAAAUAUUUAAAUAAAUAGGUAUUUUGCUACGUA